UCAUUAGUAAGAAGCUUCACAGCACUGAAAGGUGAACGCGAUCUGUGACGUAGAUGACGUAUCGCGAGAUAACACGGGAUGAAUAUGGCUGCAGUUAAACUACAGAAGAGUGUCGUGAGUCAGGCUGGAAAACACACUGCUUCUGUCAUCUUUCUUCAUGGCUCAGGAGACACGGGGCCGGGUUUGCGCAGGUGGGUUUAUGAUGUGUUGGGACAAAACCUGGCAUUUGAAAACAUCCGGGUGAUUUAUCCCACAGCGCCAGCCAGGCCGUACACACCCAUGCGAGGGGCUCAGUCUCACGUGUGGUUCGACCGUCACAAGAUUUCCCAGGAUUGCCCGGAACAUUUAGAGUCUAUAGAUUCCAUGUGUGAUAAUUUAAGCGCCAUUGUCCAGGAGGAGAUCCGGGCAGGGAUCCCUAAACACAGGAUGGUUAUUGGUGGCUUCUCAAUGGGUGGGGCUAUGGCAUUACACCUGGUUUACAGGUACCACCAGGAUGUUGCUGGCAUCUUCGCACUGUCCAGCUUCCUUAACAAAGAUUCAGUUGUAUAUCAGGCAGUAGAAAAUGCAUCCCAACAGCCUCUACCUGAGCUCCUUCAGUGUCACGGCAAAGCGGAUGAGCUGGUUUUCCAUAGCUGGGCUGAGGAGACCUACUCACUGUUGAAGAAAGCUGGCCUCAGCACGUCUUUCCAUUCCUUCCCAGACCUCAACCAUCAGUUGUGUCGACAAGAACUGGAGUUACUACGCUCCUGGAUCCUGAAGAAAGUUUCCCUUUAGAGCAUCCUUAAGGCUGGACAAUGACCACUGCUUCCUUAUGUCCACCCUACAGUAAUCAUCCUUUUCUCUCCCUCAUGUUGUCACAAGAUGUCAUUUCUUUUUUGAGUUUUAUAUUUAAAUGUAAACCUUGAGGCAAACAGUAAAGGAAAACCAGUCAACCCGUUAAAAAUGUUAUUGAAACAGGCUUCUUCUGUUCAUCAAGGCUGCAUUUAUUUGACCAAAAAUACAGGACAGUUGUGAAAUAUUUUUAGUAUGUAAAAUGGCAGUUUUCUAUGUAAAUAUAUUAAAAGAUGUAAUUAAUUCCUAUGAUCAAAGCUGACUUUUCAGGAUCAUUACUCCAGUCUUCAAUGUCACAUAAUCUUUCAGAAAUCAUUCUGAUAAGCUGAUUAUUAUCAGUUUUUGUGGAAGCAGUGCUAAAUUUGUUUUUUCCAGGAUUCUUCAAUGAAUAGAAAUGUCAAAAUAUCAGCAUUUAUUUGAAUUGAUCAAUUGAAUGUUUCCUUGAUGAAUAAAAGUAUUAAUUUCUUUCAUAAAGAAGAAAGUGACAGAAUUUUUCACUAUUACUUUUAAACGAUCUGCUUAUUUGACUCUGAAUAAACUGUUAUGUUUCUUCUCUUCCAACUUUGUGCAUUGCACCUGCUGGAACGAAUGCGUUUAGCGCAAAAAAUCUGCCGUUUUUGCAACCAUCCACAUGCUUAAUCAGAGUUAAUAUAGCUGUAUAAACCUCGAUUCACCAGCAUGUGUUCCACCUCACAAAGACUCUACUUAUUGUGCACAUUUCAUAGCCUGUAGCGCUAACCACUUUAAAGUGUUCAGCGGAGCACAUUCUGCAGGCUGUGAUGACUGUUCCAUGGAGUCUGGUUUGGCCCGUAGAGCCUGUGGUCAGGCUGAAGCGGCAGGUAGAGCCAUCACACCGGAGGGGAGGAAUGCCACUCGGCUCUGUGGUUUGGAGCCGGAAUCCGGUCUCUUUGGCACCGGCCCGUUUCCUGCAGAGCGACGUAUCUCUCACUCCUGUUCUACCCAUUUUUUCCCCCCGCACCAUUAUUGCUCGCCACGAAAUCUGCUGUACAUGUGUUUGGAGGUUCGCUCGAACAGUAGCUUCAUUAAUGGUUAUUGGGAGGAAGUGGUUAGCAGGUUUUAAAGUCUUCUAGAUGUAGUGAGGCUACAGGCCAGUACCAACACGCACCGUCUGGACACUGAGCAUGACUUACCGACAGCGCUAAAAGGCCUUAAUUCAUCAUAGAUACUGCAAAUAUCAUCUGUAAUGGGCACAGUGAGAAUAUACACUUCCAGUCAGGAGUCCAAACACACAGACUCAUUCUUUACUACGACUGUUUUCCACAUGCUAGAAUAAUAGUAGUCAUCAAAAGUAUGAAAUGACACAAGUGGAAGUAUGGGAAUACUGUAGUGACCAAAUGUCUCAUAUUUGAGCUGCUUCUUUGUCUGGAUUCCAGCUGUGCUCACUUUGACUAUUACUUCAACCAAUUUUACAAGUUUGCAUGUACACUACUGUUCAACAGUUUGGGGGUCAGUAAGAUUUUUUUUUAAAAAAUAAGGAUGAAUUAAAAUUAAUCAAAGUGACAGUAAAUACAUUUAGAAUGUUACACAAAUUCUAUUUCAAAUAAAUGCUGUUCUUUUGAACUUUCUAUUCAUAAAAGAAUUCUAAAAAAGCUAAAAUUAAUCACCGUUUCCACAAAAAAAUGUUAUUCAGCACCACUUCAAAUUAGUAUAUUAGCAUGAUUUCUGAAGGAACAUGUGACACUGAAGACUGGAGUAAUGAUGCUGAAAAUUCAGCUUUGAUCACAGCAAUAAAUUACAUUUUAAACAUUUAAACAGAAAUAAGGUCUUAAAUUGUAAAAAAUAUUUCACAAUUUUACUUAUUUUUGAUCAAAUAAAUGCAGCCUUAUAAUUGCAAAAGGUAAUGAAAUUCAAUAAAAAAUACAUUCAAGUGUGUCUCAACAUUUAUACAGGAAUGGUUUGAGGUGAGGGAAAGAAAGACAGAUGGCUUUAUAGGGAUAUGUUCAACUGGACUACACAUCUGAAUUUGUGUAAUCUGUGUAGCGCUGAAACCCUACUGUAAUUGUUAGAAUGGUCACAGAUCAGUGAUCUCCAUGUAAGACUGAUUGUGCAGACCAAACCAUAAGUCGUAGAGACUUGAAAUUUGGAGGGGUGGUAGUACUCACACCCCCUGCAACGUGACAAAGGCUCACCCCAAUCGGCGCUACAGCGAUCAAAAGUAUAAAAUCACUCAUAACUCCAGGUUCGGUUGUGAGCCUGGCGAAAUUUUGGGGUAUUUCGCAUUUUUUGAAAUGCUACUUUUGCAAACUAGUCCUAGUCCUCGCCUGAUCGGAUCCAAACCAGUGCAGAAUGAUUCUCGGGAGACAGUUGGUGGUGCUGUAAGAGGGAAAAAACAUAAAAAUGGCUAUAUGAAAUGACAAAUUCAACCAUUGGUCUUGGUCUGAAGUGCCACGAGUGUCUACAAGGACAUUUGCGUAUCUCAAAAAACAUGGCCGCCAUUGGCCAAUGAAUUUUGAGCACCUGUUAGACAAAGUUAACAGAGGCCAAUCGGAGCGAAACGCUGUGGGCCUGUUCAACUCACAGCCCCAAAGGUCUGAGAGAAAUUUGAAAGAAAUUGACCACUGGUGGACGAUAACGCAUUUUUCAAGGGUGUAAACUGUCACUCAUACAAUUCUCUGGACUCUCUAGGCCAAUAAUUAUGAAAAAAAAUGUCCAAAUUUACCCAAAGUCCUACAGAGCUUAAAGGAAAACUCAAAAUUUCACCAACCUGCUGAGCACAUGUGACACAUGCAACCGCAGCUGGCGCUAUAACAGUCAUAAACGUUAAAAAAACCCUAAUAUUUCUACGGUAAAUUACUUGGAUCUGCCAAAAUGUAUUUUUUAAUUGAUUUGGGUGAGUACAGCCUUGCUAAAUAAUAUGUAAUGUCUUUUUCCUUGUAUGCUUAAAUGCCUUAAGCACUUGAAUCCUGGUAAUCACUGCUUGCAGCUAUAUUUCAUAUCUGUAUUUGUAUAAUGGGAUCUUGUUAACAGUUGUUGUUUUUUUUAUUCCACAUAAUUUCCUCCACACGUGACAGUAUUAGUGUGCUUGCAGUUCUCAGUUUGCAGAGUCAGCUAGAUUUUGCCAGUAAGUUCAUUUGAAAACGUCCCAGUGUGUUUGAUUUCCAUAGUUUACUUCAGUACAGCAACACAGAAACACACUCAGCUUGAGCACAGGAGAAAGAGCUGAAGUGUUCUAAACAAAACUUAUUUGCAUGACUUAUAUAUGCUCACUGUCAUUCCACUAUAUAAACUGUAUAUCCAGAAUGUUUUGGCAAUGGGAAGCCAUUUUUUUACUCUGCCAAUGAGGCUUGUUAAAUUCAGUUGAGUUCCAAAUCUUAUGUAACAUCCUGAUCUUUUCAUUAGCAUAUUAAGAGCUGUAUCAGUUGCUGUGAAAACAUCCUGCACACUGGACAAUUUUUCUAAAUCAUGCAGAAAGGCUUUGAAAUGUUUUUCAGUGUUGUUCACAGUAGCUCAUUCAGUGCUGUUAGGUUAGUUGUUUGGGGGUUUUGCUGAUGAGAGAGAACCGGACCUGCCGUUACGCAAGAAUAAAUCUCAGUACUGUUAAUGAAUAAAUCUCAGUACUGUUAAUGAAGUAACAAGGAACUGCCGUUAGUGCAUAUCAGCCCACAACAAGUGCUUAAAGUAUUUCAUUUCUUUAUAUUAAAAUACUUUUUCCUAUCCAGGCUUAGUAUAUAGUCAAUAAGACAUUCGCACAUUGAUUAAUAAACCAUUUAAAUUACAAUAAUGAGCCUUCAAUUGCCUACAUGGCCUAGUAAGCGUUUAAGCGCAUACAUAAAACUUGCCACAGCACACCGGCAUACGUAAUGACUAUGAAUUUGUCAGGGAAAAACACUAAGGUUGCAUCAACAUUUUAAUAAUUUAUUGAUAAACCAGUGCCUUCUUUGUUUUCGCCUUAAGAGAUGAAGUCGCCAACACUGACUCGUCAUCUCCGCAGUAGUGGAUGCGCCUGUUUCAUAUGGAUUAAUUAAUCUCAGAAUAUUUGUUUUCCAUUCGGUUUAUUUGAAAGUAGACAUUUUACUCUCUACCGAUAUAUUUUUCAUGUCUGUAAAGUGAGAUUACACAGAGUUUCAGAGUUUCGCGCUCAUAUUCACAGAGACCGAGACGGCAGAAAGCGCAUCCUGUUUGCUUUCAUUAUUUUACAAAAACGCAACGUUUCGUUGUUAUUGUGAGUAGAGUCUUUAGAGAUUAAAAAGAUGCAUUACUCUUAUCUGCAUGA